CUUAAAGGUGAAUCAUGGUAACAUCGAAAUCACACUUGUCGUUACAAGAUAUCAGUAAUGGUACCAUUUCGUACUCAGAAUAUCCCGACAUUCCACCUAUGACGUCAUAUCCUGUUAGCAACGUCACCAAUGCAUCUGAAAGAACUGCUACGUUCGAGGAUUUACAUAACUACCAUCUGAUACCUGUAAUGGUGUAUAUUUGUAUAUUGUUCGUUAUUGGUGUGCCUGGGAAUGUAUUCGUUUGCUAUAUAUACUACUUCAAAUGGACCAAAAAAACUUCGCGUGUCUUCAUUCUAGCACUUGCUGUAUUUGAUCUCAUUAACAACCUAGUCUCACUUCCAACAGAGAUAGCUCUUCUGGCAAACUUCCACAACUUUGACCAUCCAGUUUUGUGUAAAGUAUCGAGAUUUUUAACAUUUAGCAUGAAUAGUGCCUCUGCCACAGUUCUGGUUGGCAUAGGAUGGGACAGGCUUAUGGGAAUCUGCUAUUGGUCGAAAAUGCGACCAAUGAAAAUUCGAACAGCGAAACUAAUAAGUGCCGGAGCUGUAAUUCUGGCAUUCACCACAGGAUGGCCGGCGCUUUUUUUAUAUGGGACCUUUACCCAUCCAUACAAAACAGAACAAAAAACGUGUCUGUAUGCAGACGAGUACUUGGGUUCAAUAUACACGACAAUAUUUGCUUGGUAUGUUUUGUGCUCUAACUUAGUAUAUGAUACAAUUUUAGCGGUUCUCUAUUUCAUCAUAGGUCGUCAUAUCAUGGCUCAUCAAAGCAAGGACAAGAACGGGAUAAACAGAUUUGGACCAAUCAGAAGGCCGAGUGCCAUGUCUAAUUCUAGUGUAUGUGAGGAUCUAUAUCUGACUGAUAAUUUAAUGUUAAAAAACGGGAAAUGUAAGAAAGGAAGAUUUAUAUGGAGAUCCAAUAGUUUUAACACAAAACAAUAUAACAGUGUGGAGAAUUUAAGGAGAAACACAACAGAAAAUUCUCAAAAUGUUAAUCAAUUGAAACCGGCACGACCAAGUCGCAGCCCGACGCUGUCCCUUAGCCCUAGACCGUCGGCAUUUAGUCAGACGUUUUCAACCUCGAGCGGAAGUUACGUCACAGGACGUCGGUAUAGAACGGGGAAAACCACUACAACACUAUUUGUUGUGACAAUGGUGUUUAUAAUUUCAUUCGUGCCUUACUGUGUUAUAUCUAUCACGAGACUUAGUAAUAUUAAGGUGUUUUUUUACGAGAACGCUUCUAUCGUCGGCAAAGUGUUUUAUCAUCUCUUCUUACGAACUUAUUUCUUAAGUAGCGUUCUGAAUCCUUUAAUAUAUAAUGGGUUUAAUGCUAAAUUUAGAGCUGAAUGUAAACUGCUUAUAAAGACUCUACUUUGUUUCUUAUGUAAAUGUUCAAACUCAUGUAAGGAGUGAGCAGGCUAAUAAAGUAUUUAUUUAAGCAUAAAUUACUAUAUAAAGAAGACCUUGGUUUAUUUUGAUCUAACGUUGGAUAUGUGCUUACAUGUGUAUAUUCUCAUGUGUUUUUAACAAUGAAACAAAAAUCCUUACA